CUCUUUUCUCCCCCGCCGCUUCUUUUUAAGCAAACAAACAAAAAGUAAUAAUAACCCUUGUCGAGAUGGCACAACCUGAGGUGUCAUGUUCAAAGAGUCAUGUAGAGGAAAGAGUGUUGAGAAGCUCACCGUCCAGUACGAAUAUCUAUAGUCGAUAUCGAUUGCCUUCAACCACCACCACAGCCACUACUAAUAGCAUGGAUAGUCUUAAUAGUGAAGAGAAUAAUGUGAUGAUGGACCAUAAGCGUAGUUAUACCAUUGAAGGGUUGAACACGCUUGCCUACUUUUCAAACACAGAUAACGAACUCACGCCAUCUGCUGCCAUUCGAGACAAGUAUUAUCAAUCCAGUCGUUACUUGUCUGAUAACGAUGUAAUUGACGAAGAAGACAUUAUAUAUGAAGAAGAAAAAAUUGAUGGCGAUGUAUUCCUCUAUCGACCCGGAGAUAGUGAAUUCUAUACGAAACCCACUAUUUCCACACCCAGUAUUUACAGUGUGAAUGAUUCGGUUAUAUCUCUAAGAACAGAGUACAACAACAAUGAUGAUAAUCGGUCUAUUGCCAGUAUUCGCACUGUGGACGACCGUAUGCAAGGAAGAUCUUCUUCGGUCUUAGGCGCCAAUUUAAAUUCGUUUGCCCAGAAAACAGCUAAAAAAGUAUCAAGAUCAAGUUCCAUCUUUCGUACUGUAGGGGAUAAAAAGUCAAAGGAUGAUACUGCAAAAUCCAAAAAGAAAUUACAACCUUUUGUACCCGUGCGAGAUUCUCCAAAACCCGUCAUGGAUAACAGCAGUAUUCGAACCGCUGGUGGAACCAGUUUGUUAUCAAGGCUGUCUAAAUCCACUGCUCCCAUGCGAGCUAAAUUGUCCGCCAUCUCCUCCAUCACUAGCCGUCACUCGCGUAUAGAUGCAUUCUCGUCCAGUUCAAACUCACUAGCUGUCCCCGGUAGAAAACGCAUGGCCGAAAGUGUUUACAAUAUGCCCAUUUCAUCAUCUUCUCAACAGCAACAAAGAAAACCCAAGGUGAUAGAAAAGGCUUCCUCCUUUAUCAUGUUACCCAAAUCGCUCUCUGCCUCUUCUUCUUCUACCUCUUCCAUGAUCCUUUCCUCUUCAGUUAUGGUGGAAGAGCCUGGAUCCGUCAAAGAUCAUAUUGUUAUUUACCCCGCUUUAUUAUCUAAAAUUGCCUUAGCCUUUAGAGAUCGAAUUGUGACAAGUACCAAAUCCAAGGAUAGUAUCAAGUACAAGGACGCAUUUGACGGAAAAGAGGCUGUGGACAAACUAGCCUUCAUUAUUAAAUCAAAUGACCGUAAUUUAGCUUUAUUAUUGGGAAGAGCAUUAGAUGCACAAAAAUUCUUUCACGAUGUCAAUUACGAGCAUCGAUUAAGAGACUCCAGUCAAGAAUUGUAUCAGUUUAAAGAAGACCAUUUAAUGCGACCCAAGAGUGGUAUUAUCAUGGCUGAUUCAACUUCGGAAUUCAAUCUGUUUCUGGGAAGUCCUACUUCACCUCUGGAAGAGGAAGAUCCCAUUAAUGGUGUCUUUACUUUGUUGACAGAUUGUUACUCUCCUACUUGUUCGAGAGACCAAUUAUGUUAUUCCGCAAGAUGUCCAAGACGUCAAGAACAACAAAAGAGACAAAAGGGUCAUCAUCGUGAAGGAAGUAAUUCUUACUUGAUCACUCAGCAAGAGGAGAGAUUAUGGAUUAAUACCGUUCCCAAAUCUGUCCUUGAAAAACUUGAUAAAAACGAAAUUAAGCGUCAAGAGAAUAUUUUCGAAUUAAUGUACACUGAAAAAGAUUUUGUGGAUGAUUUGACAUAUUUAAAAGAGCAAUGGAUUGAGCCUUUGUUGGAAGAGGAUUCACCCAUCACUGGGGAUAAGCCUGCUUUUGUCAAAUCUAUAUUUUGGAACAUGAUGGAAGUACUUCAAGUUAACACAAUCUUAUCCAUCAAUUUUACAAGUCGACAGGGUAAGAACACAAUUGUGGACCAAAUAGGCGACAUUAUGCUGGCUCAUGUACCCAAAUUCGAGCCAUUUGUACGUUAUGGAGCUCACCAAAUCAUUGGCAAAUAUACCUUUGAAACCGAAAAAUCCAACAAUCCUGCUUUUGCGGAUUUUGUUACCCGAACAGAACGUUUACCUCAAUCACGUAAAUUGGAAUUAAAUGGUUAUUUGACCAAACCCACGACACGUUUGGGACGUUACAAUCUGCUUUUAAGAGAGAUUUUAAAACAUACACCCAAGGAUCAUCCGGACCAAGAAACCAUUCCACGCGUGAUGACCAUCAUUGCUAAAUUCUUGGCGGAUGUCAAUCGAGAGACGGGCAAGACUGAGAACCUUUUUAAUUUACAGUUAUUAAAUGAUCGAUUAAUCAACAAACAUAUCUCGAAUUUCGAUUUGGAUUUAAUGGCCUCGAACCGUCAAGUGGUGAUCAAGGGAACUUGGAAAAAGGGUUCUGGAUCUGAAUCUUCUGAAGUUUUAGUUUAUUUAUUGGACCACUGUUUGUUAAUCAUCAAGCCUAAACAAAACGAAGAAAUUUAUAAACUGACUCGCAAGCCUAUUCCCUUGGCGUUGUUAUCCAUUUCCUUUCCAGAUCAUACAAAACGAGCCAGUACAAUUAUUCCUUUGGGAAGACCCAGCAAUGUAGUUGGUACCAGCGAGAAUAAUGUCACUACCAUGACCAAUAAUACAACACCCACUGUCAAAAAUGGAUACCCCAUCUCGUUUGUUCAUUUAGGGAAACAAGGUUCGGGAGGUCCCAUCACGCUUUAUGCAUCUACUUUAGCAGGUCGUAAACAAUGGGCCGAAAAAAUUGAUGCCCAGAGAAGAGCUUUGGUUGAAAAACAUAAAGUCUUUCAUGUUCAACCCAUCAAUGAAAGUUUCUUUAGUACCUUUAAUAAGGUCAAUUGUAUCGCUGUCUUUGAUAAUGGAAAGUCGCUUGUGUUGGGUGGCGAUCAGGGUGUUUACCUUAAAAAGGAAGGCAGUGGGGAUGAAUUAAUUCGAAUCUUGGCCAUGGAUAAGGUGUCUCAAAUUGACAUUUUGGAACAAAGUAAUUUAAUCCUUGUUUUGGCUGAUAAGAUUCUCUACACCUAUUCAUUGGAUACUUUACUUUCAACCGAAACCGGUAUUAAACGAGGCCGCAAGAUCAGUAGUCAUGUUUCCUUUUUCAAGGUGGGUAAAAUCUGGGAUAAAACAGCUGCCGUGUCGGAUGGUAAUGAACAAGUGCAUGAUGGAGAAGGUGUGGAACGUACGCUUGUUUGUUUUGUACGUUACAAUGCCAUGACAUCUACCAUUCGUGCUUUGGAACCUUAUGAAACUACCGAAUCAAAAAAGAAGAGCAAGCAUAAGAAUUUACGUGGUUUGAUCAGUCGAAAUAACGAAGCCCUCAAGGUUUACAAGGAUCUAUAUAUUCCUGGUGAAGCGUCAUCCAUUCAAUACUUUAAAAAUAUCAUUUGUGUUGGAAGUGCUAGAGGAUUUCAAAUGGUGAAUUUGAGCUCUGCUGAAGUUCAAAGUGUGUUGGACCCCAAUGAUGAAAGUAACAAGACUAUUCUUGCUUCCAAUGAAAAUAUGAAACCCAUCUCAAUGUUUAGACAUAAGGAUGGCAAUAUUUUACUUUGUUACAGUGAAUUGGCAUUUUAUAUUGAUAAAAAGGGUAAACGCGUUCGUAAGGAUUGGUCCAUUUCUUGGGAAGGCAAUCCUACGGCAUUUUCCUUCCGAUUCCCGUACGUUGUAGCAUUCAACACAAACUUUAUUGAAGUUAGACACAUGGAUACUGGAGAUUUGCUUCAGGUUAUACCGGGUAAUAACAUCCGUUGCCUUCGACCUGAUUCCACUGAUCGCAUUCAUGGUGUGAUGGAUGAUCGUCUGGCGGGAUCUGAAGUCAUUUUUGAAUUAAAAUUAGUCGACCCUCAUCGUAGAAAAAUCAGCAUGAUAAAAAAUAGAAGCAAGAAACCAGCAUAAAAUAUAAUCUUUUUACUCUUUUUUUUUUCUCUUUUCUGUACAACAAACACCCAUCCAUUUAUAUGUGCUUUAUUCCCCCCCCCGCCCACCCACCCACCCCCAUUCCACACUAUUAUUUUACUCUUUUUUAAAAAAU